ACAUCACGAAGCCUCCACAUCAUGUGCCACAUCCCAGUCUUCUGCUGGAUCACUGCUACAGUUCUGGAGGAUGUGAUGGAGGCCAGAGAGGGAGGAGAGCUGCCCAGAACCCUGACUGAGAUGUACAUCCACUUCCUGGUGGUUCAGACCAAAGUGAAGACAGUCAAGUAUGAUGGAGGAGCUGAAACAGAUCCACACUGGAGUCCAGAGAGCAGGAAGAUGAUCAAGUCUCUGGGAAAACUGGCUUUUGAUCAGCUGCAGAAAGGAAACCUGAUCUUCUAUGAAUCAGACCUGACAGAGUGUGGCAUCAAUAUCAGAGCAGCCUCAGUGUACUCAGGAGUGUUCACACAGAUCUUUAGAGAGGAGAGAGGUCUGUACCAGGACAAGGUGUUCUGCUUCAUCCAUCUGAGUGUUCAGGAGUUUCUGGCUGCUCUUCAUGUUCACCUGACCUUCAUUAAGUCUGGGGUCAACCUGAUGGAAGAAAAACAAUCAGCUGUCCCUACAUUGUUCCACAAAUCAAAAAUAAUAUCUCUACACCAGAAUGCUGUCGACCAGGCCUUACAGAGUCCAAAUGGACACCUGGAUUUGUACCUCCGUUUCCUCCUGGGACUCUCACUGCAGACCAAUCAGAGACUCCUGCAAGGUCUGCUGGGACAGACAGGAAGUAGCUCUCAGUCCAAUCAGAAAACAGUUCAUUAUAUCAAGGAGCAGAUCAGUGAAAAUGUGUCUGCAGAGAAAAGCAUCAAUCUGUUCCACUGUCUGAAUGAACUGAAUGAUCGUUCUCUAGUGGAGGAGAUCCAACAGUCUCUGAGUUCAGGAAGUCUCUCCACAGACAAACUGUCUCCUGCUCAGUGGUCAGCUCUGGGGUUCAUCUUGGUGUCAUCAGGAGAAGAUCUGGAGAAAUACUCAGCUUCAGAGGAUGUUCUUCUGAAGCUGCUGCCAGUGGUUAAAGUCUCCAACAAAGCUCUACUGAGUGGCUGUAACCUCUCAAAGAGAAGCUGUGCAGCUCUGUCCUCAGUUCUCAGCUCCCAGUCAUCCAGUCUCACAGAACUGGACCUGAGUAACAACAAGCUGCAGGAUUCAGGACUGAAGCUUCUCUCUGCUGGACUGGAGAGUCCAAACUGCAACCUGGAAACUCUGAGAUUGUCAGGCUGCUUGAUCUCAGAGGAAGGCUGUGCUUCUUUGGCCUCAGCUCUGACCUUUAACCCCUCCCAUCUGAAAGAGUUGGACCUGAGCUACAAUCAUCCAGGAGACUCAGGAGUGAAGCUGCUGUCGGCUGGACUGAAAGAUCCACAUUGGAGACUGGAAGCUCUCAGGGUGGAGCCUGCUGGAGGCCGAUUCUUGACACCAGGGCUGAGGAAAUAUUCCUGUCAACUCACCAUUGAUAAAAACACAGUGAACAGAAACCUGAAACUAUCUCAAGAUAACAGGAAGGUGACACAUGUGGAUGAGCUCCAGCCAUAUCCUGAUCAUCCAGACAGAUUUGAUUACAGGCAUCCUCAGCUGCUCUGUGGAACUGGUCUGACUGGUCGCUGUUACUGGGAGGUUGAGUGGAGAGGAGGAGUUGAGAUCUCAGUGAGUUACAGAGGAAUCAGGAAUAAAGGAGACAGUAGAGCCUGUUGGUUUGGAAGGAAUGACCAGUCCUGGAGUCUGGUUUGCUCUGGUGAUAAAGAUUACUCUGUUUAUCACAAUAACAGACGGAUACCUAUCCCCUCCUCCUCUGUCUCUCACAGAGUUGGAGUGUAUGUGGAUCAUCCUGCUGGGAUUCUGUCCUUCUACCAAGUUUCCUCCGACUCACUGAUCCACCUGCACACUUUUAAAACCACAUUCACUGAACCUCUCUAUGCUGGGUUUGGGCUCUGGCUCUCUGGUUCCUCUUCAGUGUCUCUGUGCCGAGUUGAGUCUAAAGAGUCUAAAUAUUUUCCUCCUGUCAGAGAAACUCUCUCUCUGUUGAACAGAUAGUUCAGUCUCUACUUGUCUCUACAUUUUCAGAUUCAUGGAUUCAGUUUGUUUCUGAUGGAAACUCUAAAUCAUUCCUUAAAAACUUUUUCCUCUUCCAGAUGGGAGCUGAGAUUAUUCCAGGAUUAUUCCAGGAUUAUUCCAGGAUUCUCAUGAUUUUUCUAUUUCCAGUCAAACCUUCACACUGAAUAUCAAGAUGUUGUCAUUUUCUCUUGUGUUUUUUUGUCUUUUCAACAUUUUAGUAAAAUCACAGAGAAUGUUGAUCAGUUUUUCUCAACCACUGGAAAUAAUCUCUUGUUUUACUAAAUGCAUCAUAUAAACUCAUUUAACAUCCAAAAAUGAGGGUAAUUUUAUUUGUCUGAAGAAAACAUCAACAUUUACUUUAUUUUUAUGGCUGAAGUGUCAAAAUGUUACAUUAUUGCUUUCACUGAUAUCUGCAAUCCUGUGGAUCUCUUAUUAGUCUUAUGGGUCUGUUUAAAUGCGUGGACAUUAAUUGUUUUAAAAAUAAUUAGUGUCAUGAAGACUGAAGCUGGUUUGUCAUCACUGCAGGGGGUCGUGGAAGGACAGCUGUUAUAAUGAAAUGAGAGACUGUCCAAGUCCAGAAUUGACUUUAAUUAACUAUUGAAGUUCCAACAUACACAGAAAUAAGCGCAUGUGUUUUCUAUAAAGAUAAAUAAAUACAAAUUCUAAGUACUCGUCUGUAAAUUCUUCUUUCACAAAAACAACUACCAAGGGAAUAAAUGUGCUUAAAGCCAGCAGCUGAUUAAUACUGACUAUGAGAAUGUAAAUCAUUGCAUGUAAAUAAUAAUCAAUAAUAUUAUUAUCAGAAUAUUAUUUGACAAAACAUAAAAGAAAAUGGCAUUUCAAUUAGAAAUUGAUAACAGCUGCAUCCAGUUACUUGAAACCAGGUACCUAAACUAAAGCUAACCGGCUAGCUUCUUUAGCAGUUAGCUCCUUUAGCAGUUAGCUUCUUUAGCGGUUAGCUCAUCAUACAAAUAAUGAUACCAAACCACCAAAAUAUUCUACAAACACUUUAAGAAACUGAACUAGAGGGAGAGCGGACCUCUGCAGAAUCUUCUCUUUCUUCCACUCUGCAGUUUCAUUCCUGAGGUUCUGGGUGUUGUGAUGAGAUCUGUGGCUCUCCUGGUUCUGUCUGGUAUCGCUGUUUGGUUUUUUGGCAGAACUGGAACACCAUGUGUAGGUGCAGAACCAAAGAGGAUGACCAAGCUUAGCUUUACUUCAGGAAUGUUUGAGCUCUGCUUAAGAGGAGGGAAACUUAGAUCAGUCAUAUAAUGAAACUUUGCUUUAAAAAUGAUAAAUAAUUGUAUGAAACUGUUUGUAUUCUGGAGAAAUAUUUCUGCAGCUGUUUAUGUAUUCAAGCUCCAAAUCAGCCUCUUCAUUUUGUACUCGUGGUGAUAUUAUU